CGCACGCUAUUCGUCCCUCCAAAUCCGAAACUUCGAAACCCACACACACAACUCAAAACAGCAAGCGCUUGCUUUGCUCCUUCGUUUCCUCCUCUCUCACUAGGGGCUAGGGUUAGGGUUAGGGUUUUGCGUGCUUGCUUGGGGUUCAAACCCUAGCUGCAGCAAUGGCCAGGUACAGAAGCCGAAGCAGAAGCUACAGCCCUCGUCGACGCAGCCGGACUCCGCCACGUGGACGCAAGCGAUACGACGACGACCCUCGUGAUCGCUACCGUGAAAGCAGGUCUUACAGAGACCGUCGCUCACCCGCUCCUUCUGGCCUGCUCGUUCGAAAUCUUCCUCUCGAUGCCAGGCCUGAAGAUCUUAGGAUCCCAUUUGAGCGAUAUGGCCCAGUGAAGGAUGUGUAUCUUCCUAAGAAUUACUACACUGGGGAGCCACGGGGCUUUGGGUUUGUGAAGUACCGUUAUGCGGAGGAUGCAGCUGAAGCAAAGCAACAACUGAACCAUUCAGUUAUUGGUGGACGUGAAAUAAGAAUUGUGUUUGCUGAGGAGAAUAGAAAAACUCCCCAAGAAAUGCGUACAACUACUCGCGUAAGCAGUGGUCGACAUGGAGGAAGCUCCAGAAGGAGAUCUCCACCGAGGUCCCCAAGACGGCAAUAUCGUUCUUACUCGCGGUCACCUUCACCUGUUAGGCGUGACUCAAGGGACCAUGGGGCUAGGGAUGAUUAUCGUUCGCCAGUGCAAUCUAGAUCAAUUUCACGAUCUCCUUCACCACGUGAUGAAAGAGACUACAGGAGGUCCCCAAGUCCGCGGGAGAAUGGUCGGAGUCCUCAUGAUGAAAGAGACUAUGCACCCAGCAGAUCAAGGAGUCUGAGGGGUAACAGUCGCAGUCCAUCAAGGUCUCGUUCACGAUCCUACAGUCCUCGCUGACGCCCGUCACGGGUACACUGCUGUGAAUUUGCAUCAUCUGGUGGUGUUGCUGCUUGAAAGUCUACUAUGAGCAAUUAGUAGUUAACUGGAUGAUAUGCUUAGUAUUCUGGAAGGUCAUGGACGUGUUUGGUAAAUAUGACUUUUGGACCAUAUCAGUUUGUCUAAUGGAUUUAUACCAUCCACAUGUUAGUCAUGUGGGAAGUGUAAUUUUUGAACGAGCUUAAUGUGAGUUUUACGGUUGGUUUAGUUGACAAUCAUCUUUUUCUA